AUGAAUCAACAACAACCACCACAACAACAACAACAACAACAACCUUUACCUACACAACAACAACAACAACAACAACCACAACAACCUCAGCAACAACCACCUCCACAACAACAGAAUAUAAAAAGAUUAUGUAUAAAGAAAGAAAUAGAUGAAGUUGAUUCUUUAGAAAAUAGUUGGAGAGAACAAUAUGAAAAGAUAGAACAAUUGAUGAGUAAUGCCUCAGAUAAUGAUAUUUUGUUGGCAUUGGUGGAGCGUGUUGGCGAGGGUCCAGAGAGACAUGCAGAUGUAACUGUUGCACUUCUCUAUGGAAUAUUGGUGCACGCACACAAUCAUUACUUUAAACAGCUGACACUCAUCACCAAAGACGGUCUCAUAUUUUUUUGUACACAACUGAAAAAGCUGAUCAACGACAGGUUCCAAAAACUGGCUGACUUGCCUCGUCAACAAACCCUAUGGUUACUAUCGGAGCUGAUAGCUGCCAAUCAUCACGACAGUGAACCGAUCGCUGCACUCCUGAUGCGUCAUAUCUAUGGUGGAAACAUCACUCCCAAGAACAUCACACUAGCACAAUCAUUACUAACAACUAUCUCUGCCAAUAAAAAUUGGUUAUAUAGUAAACCAAUGUUUAUUCCUACUGCUUUAUAUACAUAUUUGAGAUUGUUACAGGAUCAUCUGAAACCGCAGUUCAAGGAGUUGAGAGAUCAGGAGGUUUCAUUCUGUUUGGAUUUGGUGAAGAAUAAAUUUGCAGAGUCGAUUACGAUUGGACGUGAUUUUGUUAGGAUGCUCAUUUCACUUGCACCUAUGUUCUCACUAGAUUGUUUAGGUCCACAGUUGUUUGAGAAAGUAAAGGUUUAUUAUAUGCAUUUCAUAUCGAAUUCACCUUUGCAACAGUCACAGAGUAAUAUACCAAUACAACAACCGAUUCAUAAGUUAUCGCAUUCACAACAGGGUAAUAUUCAAAUGAAGAAUGCUGCAGGUCCACAAUCUCCACAGUUCUUAUCUCAACAACAACAACAACAACAGCCACCACAACCUCAUAAAUCACCUCUGACAACUUCAUCAUCAAACUUACCGCAUCAACAACAACAGCAACAGCAAGUACCACAGCCACAACCAACUUCAGUUGUACAGCAACCACAACAGCAGUCACAGCCUUCAACACCAUGGUCACAACAGCAACAACAAGUAACACCUCCACCACCACAGCAACCACAACAAACAGUUACAUCUCCACCUCCACCACCACCUCCACAGCAACCACAACCACAACCAAAGGAGGAUCCAAUGAAAAUAGAUACACCUGAGAAAGAAAAGGAUAUUAAAGAGAGGGAGAAAGAUAAGAUGGUAGAAGAUCAACCACCACCACCAUCAAAGGAAGUGGCAACCACUCCAUCCACUAGUAAAAUGGCAACACCAGUUUUAAAAUCAAGCUCUUCUGCUACUACACCGAUGGAGAGUAAUACACCUGUUCUCUCAUCACAACAGCAACCAGCAGCAGCACCACAAUCAACAACCGAAACAACAACAACAACACCACCCAACAACAGUCUAAAACGAGAUAGAGAUCAAAGAGAAAGAGAUGAAGCAGAGUCUGCACAACAACAACAACAACAACAGCAACAACAAUCAACUCCACAGUUACAAGCUGUAAAAGAAGAAACACAACCACAAUCGAAUCCAACGACGACGACGACAACAACGACAGCAACAGCUACAACUACAGCAACACCAGCACCAACUCAACAACAUACCCCACAGUUACAAGCUCAACAACAAUCAACAGUACAAUCACUUCCACAACAACAGUCACCGCCACAGCAACAGCCACAGCCUACUUCAACACCGACACCAUCCUCUCAAACACCUACAUUAGCAGCAGCAGCAGCAACAUCAACACCAACACCAAGCACACCGACUGUUCAACCUCAAAAUCAAGUAAUUCCACCAGUUUCACAACAACAACAACCAACGAUAAAGAAAGAAAGUAGUGCACCACAGUUACAACAAGCUUCACCACAUCUAGCUGCACCAACUCAUUCACCACAUCUCUCCAAUACACCGAAAUCAUUGACAAAUUCGCAAACACAAUUGCCAUCUCCUCCACCUGUAUUCCACUUGCAACCAGAACCAAUAACAAGCAAUAACAAUGAUAUUAAUAAUAACAAUAAUGCUAAACAAGAGACAACACCUUCAACAACAAAUAACAAUGAAGAUCAUGUAAUGACUGAUGUAAAUACAAACAAUUCAAAUAAUAACCAUACGAAUAAUAAUAAUAUAAAUAAUAAUCAUCAUCAAGAGAAUAAUGAACAUAUUAUAAUAGAUGAGGAAUGUAAAGUAGAAGUACCAGAUAUAUUAUUGACAUUUGGUAAUAGUAAAGCAGAUUUCCAACCAUUCAAUAUUCAAUCAACUUUAAAGUCAAUUCUUGUCAACUAUCAAACACAUAUAUCGAAAUCAAAAGACAAUAAGGAAGCGAAUGACGAUCUAACAGCUACACUUGCAAGCUAUCUACAGAGUACAUUGAAACCACAGUUUGAAAUAGUAUCGCCACUCUCUCUUUUCACAUCGUUCCAAAUCAUUCAUAUCCUAUUCAAAGCUGCAUUCCCAUCGCCUACCACCUCCAACGAUGUCAUCUUGAAUCUGCUAAAGGAACUCUACAAGUUGGAGCAAUCGAUUAGUUUGCAACUGGUGAUCUGGUCGAUUAUAUUGGCGCCGGGUGGUCUUACCAAUAGCACCAACAGCAGUAGCUACUAUGUAUAUCCCGACAUCGAUAGCACUCUCAACAACAUCAUCGCUGGCGGUCCAAACACCAGCACCAGCAAUUUGGCCGAUCACCUCAAAGAAAAAGAUAAAGACAAGGACAAAGAAAAAGAGAAUACACCCGACAGCAACAGUAACAGUAACAGCAACAACAUCGGUAGUAGUAUUAACCAACAAGGUAGCAACAGCAACAAUAGUAUUGCAUUCGAAGAUGAAGAACGACUAAAGAUUGAUAAACUCUUGGAAUCGAUAUCCGAUACCAAUGCACCAAACAAACCGAUACUUACACCCUACCAAAAGUUUAUCAGUUGUGUUAACAAUAUUAGCUAUGCCAAUUUCAAUAAUCUCAGUAGCGGCAAUCUAUCGGCGUCGACCUCGACCUCCUCCAAUAAUCUUGCGAAUCUCAGUGUGAACAACGUUGUAGUUCACGAGCAUAUCAUAGCGGAUUGCAAGCGUAUGCAAUAUUGGCAAACAUCAACGACCGUCGUUACAUUGAGCGAAUUCUCUACUUUUACAAUCUCUACUUUAAGAAGUUCUUCAGUGCGACCUCAGUGGUUGCGUCGUCGUCUUCGUCAUCGUCGUCGUCGUCCGACGAUGUCCCGACAAACAAGAGCAGCAACAGCAUCAGCAACAAGGAGAUUCAACUGGAUGCAUUACACAACAACGAUUUAA